AUGCAUAUUCAAAGUUUUAUCGACUUACGUCGGCAAAAGAGCGAAAAUCGUCUACUCAACGGCGAAGAUGGUCGUGGACGCAUCGUCAUCAAUGUUAGUGGGCGACGCUUUGAAACACACAAGUCAACUUUGGAAUUGUACCCAAAUACUUUAUUGGGAAAUACUAAAAAGCGAAAACGUUAUUAUGACAAAAAUACUAAUGAAUAUUUUUUCGAUCGUCAUCGUCUUUGUUUUGAAUCAAUCCUCUACUAUUAUCAGUCAAACGGACGUUUGAGGCGACCAGAAUUUGUGCCACUAGAUACAUUUCUGGAAGAAGUGACAUUUUAUGAAUUGGGUCAAGAAGCACUCAAACAAUUACGUCAGGAUGAAAACAUCAAAGAAAUACGAAAAAUUCAUUUGCCCCGAAAUCAUUUUCGUCGUCAUUUAUGGGCUAAUAUGGAAUAUCCACAAUUUUCAAUGUUAGCAAAAUUUAUUAAUAUUUUAUCGUUAAUUAUGAUAUUAUUAUCCUCCAUGGCGCUCGCUAUUGCCCCAUAUUAUAUUUCAUUAGUGAUAACAUUAAUCAGAAAACAAGAUGAAAUGCAUACGAAUACAUAUAUUGAACUGUUCAAAAUAUUACGUUUUGCACGAGUCUUCAAAUUAUAUCGUGUUUGCCGUGGUUUUAAAACAUUACGCGUCUUAGCAUCAACGUUCAAAGAAUCGUUGCCUGAUUUUGCUAUUAUGCUCACUUUUUUAACAUUACUUGCUUUUCUCUUUGGAGCUGCCUUAUACUUUGCUGAGAACCCACGAACUAGCAUGAUGUUUGACAGUACAUCAACAACAAUGUCCCCUACUGAGAACUCAUCAGAGAUGUUUGACAGUAUACCAACAGCAAUGUAUUGGGGAAUAAUUACAAUUACAUCGGUAGGUUACGGUGAUCUUUAUCCGAAAACAGCUAUUGGUCGUUGUAUUGCAUGCUUGUGUGCCGUGUUCGGAACUGCCGUCUUAGGAAUGUUGGCUUCCGUUUUAGUUGAUCGAUAUCAACGUGUUUAUACUCGAAAAUUGUAUUUGCAAAGUGAACAAAUCGACUUCGAUGAAUAUUCAGAUGAUGAAGAACAGAAUGAAAAAUAUCCGUCACAAUCACGUUUUGAUUGGAGAAAUGACAUGAAAAAGCAUGAAAAUGUUAUUCAAAAUUUAGAUCCACGAUUACAUGAGGUCGAUGAUGACGAAAACUUGCAUACCACUGUUACUGAUAAUGAGCUAACGAAAGAAGAAGAAGCGAUUCCAAGAACAAAUUCUAACGUUCGAUUUAUUAUCGGGUACGUGGACGAUAGUGAUGAAGACGAUACGCAAGAUUUACUUGAAAAAAUUGCUCAAAUGGUUAAUAGUCGAGCGAGACAAGACAGUUUAACCAUCAUUCAUGAAGAAACCGAAAAAAACAAUAGCAUGAAAUUUACUUUAUCACCUUGUAGCAUCGAGUCACAUCACGCUACAGAACCAACAACAUUUACAUCAACAUCAACAAAUGAUCAAUUAAAAACAGGUAAUGAAUUAUCGAGUAGUAAUUAUAGUCCAUCACUACGAACAAACGACUAUGUAAAAAGAACACCAAUACAUCACGGACCUAUGACAAGAAUUUAG